GGAAAUGGUAAAAGUACAGAUAUUUGGAAACAUAAUUGGCUCCCAAGAGAUGGUGGGUUGCGGCCAAUUGCAUCAAAGCUAUCAAACCCACCCAGAUGUGUUAGUGAAUUAAUAGAUGGAAUAACUAUGCAAUGGAGGCAAGAUGUGAUUCAAAAGUACUUUUAUGAUAUGGAUGCUCAGGAAUCAAAUACAAGAUUGGCUUGAUGGCAAAGUAGAGAGCUCGGACACUGAAGGAGCUAAAAAAAGAUGGAAAUUAUUCUGGAAGGUCAAGGUACCAUCAAAAAUUCAUAUCUUUGCUUGGAGAUUGGCCCAUAAUUCUUUAAGUACCGGUGAAGUUCUUAAAGAAAGGUCAAUGAGUGAACAUAGUGGAUGCAAGUUAUGUGGUGCUAUUAUUGACUCGUGGCGCCAUGCUCUUUUCUAUUGUACAAUGUCAAGAUGUGUUUGGACUCUAGUAGAUGAGGAUCUCAUUGACCAUAUUGCUGCAACUGAGAUUAAUAAUCCAAAGAUGUGGCUGUUUUUUAUGCAGGAAACUUUAUCGGCAAAAGAAUUUCAGAAACUUCUAAUCAUAUGUUGGGCAAUCUGGAGGGCACGAAGAAUGGCAUUACAUGAGGGUAUAUUUCAAAGCCCAUUAUCAAUAUUCAGCUUUAUUACAAAAUAUCUUGAUGAUCUCAAACUGGCUGGUUUGAUUGAGGACAUUGAUAUGACCAAGUCAACAAGAAACAAGAAAUCAGCUCCCAAAUGGAUACCUCCACCUGAAGCUUUCGUGAAGUUCAAUGUUGAUGCUGCGGUGGCACGAGCUGAAGAUAAGGGGACUGUUACUGUGGUGUGUCGAGAUAAUGUAGGGAAUUAUGUGGCUGCAAGUGCUAUGGUCAUUGAUGGUUUAACUGAUCCGUCAUCUUUGGAAGCUUUGGCUUGUAAUGAAGCAAUUUCUUUGGCCAUGGACAUUGGGGUGCGUAAGUGUGUAAUAGCUUCAGAUUGCUUGGAAGUGAUUUUGAAUCUUCAGAAGCAAAGUUUGUGUGCUUAUUCCUCAGUGUUGAAGAAAUUAAAGCUAGAAGCACUUUGUUUCAGGAAGUAG